GCAGAAUGUCAGUAUGGGGCAGAUCCCCCCUGGCGGUGGCGGUCGGAGGGAUAAAGAUUGAGUCCAUUUCCUCCUUGCCUUUCCUCACCUCAAGACUCUUCAACCGCUCAUCUUUAAGGAACCAAGAAAGAAAACAGACUACCAUCCUCGCCGCCAUGAAAGCUCUAAGCCGUCUAUUCUUGUUGUUCUCCCUGUUUCGGCUCGGAGCAUCUUACAGCCAUGGUCCUCUCACAGCCCUACCAACCGUAACCCCGACACCUCGGUUGCUAACCCUCACCCACCGUAACGAGACCGAACUUCAAAAACGAGCCAUAACCACUGAGCUCUCGACCUGUGGCUACUUGAACGGCGAUUCUGAUCUAGUGAGGACCGCCAACUCGGGUUAUGUCUGCCGCGUAGACACCAAGAAUGCCCUGUGGGGUUUCUGUCCCAACACCGUCCUGGCUGCUACAGACUGCGGACUGGCCGGUAGCUGUUUUGACAAAAAGGACUGCUCUAAAGGAUGCGGGAAGACGGACAGCGAGAGUUUGACGACUUUUACUUGCACCGGCACCACCUACUGUUCUACUGCGCUCUUGACUUUCGGUGUCGACCAAACAUAUUCCUACAUCGCCUGUGGCGCAAAGUCUGGCACCGAUCACUAUCAGAUUACACCCAACGAGGAAAUCACAACUUCCACAACUUCCACAAGUGCCUCAGAGUCGACGACGGCAUCUGUCACAUCUCGGCAGACUGCCGACGUCUCCGAGAGCACUUCCGACCCCACACGCAGCAGCACUGGUUCCGAAACACAGAGCAAGGCCGCAUCAGACGAGAGCGCGCUUGAAACGACCUCAGCAGCUUCGGGAGACGAGCCCUCGUCGUCUGGCGGCGCUUCGAACAAUCUCGGUCCGAUAAUUGGCGGAGUCAUCGGAGGGCUUGCCCUUGUCUGCGGUACUGCCAUUGCGGCCAUCUACCUAUUGCGGAGGAACAACAACCGGAGUGCAAGCUCACAGCCUACAGACCAAGACUCGCACCAGGCGCCUCCGCCACCAUGGGUCCGCGAGGGGCCCAAGCAUCCGCAGGAGUUGGCAGGCUCGACGCCGCAAGAGAUGCCGCCUAAUGGCCAUUACGGGCGUGAACACGCGGUAGAGCUAUCUAGUUGACAGGCUUACAGCCUGUUGUGAUAUUAUGUUCAACGUGGUUGCGCGGGAAGGCGAAGAUGGGUUCAAGAGUUCAUGGUUCUUCGAUAAGUAAGCACAUCGGCGUGCUAGAGUACAUAAAUAAUAUGUUGAAUGAGAGGUGAUGAUUCAAAUUGAAGACCGUGGAGGAUAUAUCAUUAUUAAAGUAAAGCAACUCAAUCCAAUGCUCACUGCGCCGCCUGGCUCCCCCAGCUACGCAUUCGAGUCGGAAGGUGUCUUUUGAGUAGUUUCACAAUUCCGUUCGCGGACCGGGAAUGCAUGCCGCCAGACAUCUCUUGAAAGGCGAGAAAUUUG